CAUGUGAGCCCGCGGGGCGGGGAUGCUCUGGCUGCUCUGCGGCCCCUGCGGCGCCAUGGACAGCCAGGCGCUCGUCAUCCGCAUCAAGAUCCCCGACGGAGCCGCCGUGGACUGGACCGUGCACUCCGCGCCCCAGCUGCUCUUCAGGGAUGUGCUGGAUGUCAUUGGCCAAGUUUUGCCAGAUGCAACGACCACAGCAUUUGAGUAUGAGGAUGAGGAUGGGGACCGGAUCACGGUCAGGAGCGAUGAGGAGAUGAAGGCCAUGCUGUCCUAUUAUUACUCCACUGUGAUGGAGCAGCAAGUGAAUGGACAAUUGAUAGAGCCUCUGCAGAUCUACCCACGAGCCUGCAAACCUCCUGGGAAACGGAACAUACAUGGCCUCAAGGUGAACACGCGGGCGGGGGCCGGCAGCGGCGCCUCCGAGGCCCUGCCCAGCAACAGCUUGAAGAAGUCCUCUGCAGAGCUGAAGAAGAUCCUUGCCAAUGGCCAGAUGAAUGAACAAGACAUUCGAUACCGAGACAUCCUCGGCCACGGCAACGGAGGCACCGUCUACAAGGCUUACCAUGUCCGUAGUGGAAAAAUCCUGGCAGUGAAGGUCAUACCCUUGGAUAUAACACUGGAGCUCCAGAAGCAGAUCAUGUCAGAGUUAGAAAUUCUUUACAAGUGUGACUCCUCGUAUAUCAUAGGAUUUUAUGGUGCUUUUUUUGUAGAAAACAGGAUUUCAUUGUGCACAGAGUUCAUGGAUGGGGGGUCUCUGGAUGUUUAUAGAAAAAUUCCAGAACACGUUCUCGGAAGGAUAGCGGUGGCUGUUGUGAAAGGCCUGACCUAUUUAUGGAGUCUGAAGAUUUUACACAGAGAUGUGAAGCCCUCCAACAUGCUGGUGAACACCCGGGGCCAGGUGAAGCUCUGUGACUUUGGGGUCAGCACCCAGCUGGUGAAUUCCAUAGCCAAGACGUAUGUUGGAACAAAUGCUUACAUGGCGCCUGAGAGGAUUUCAGGGGAGCAGUACGGGAUUCACUCGGAUGUGUGGAGCCUGGGCAUUUCCUUCAUGGAGCUUGCUCUUGGGAGGUUUCCAUAUCCUCAGAUUCAGAAAAACCAGGGAUCUUUAAUGCCUCUCCAGUUAUUGCAGUGCAUUGUUGAUGAGGUCUAAUGAGAUGACACUGUUAAAGUACUCUGCAGUGUAAUUUCAUUACAUCCUGAGCUGUUACACUAUAAACACAGUGGAGCUCUCCGUCAUUCCUGGAAAAACUCCGAAAUUCGUAAAGCCCUUCUUUGCAAAUGGUGAUGUUGUUUGUUCCCUGUUCCUCAUCUUUCUUUUUUUCCCCCUUCUGCUCUCUUCCUUUUUUUAUUUCCAUAAAUACUGGCUGGUUGUUUUCUACCACUAGCCUGGUAAAUCCUGCUCCUUUUUUUUUUUUUGGCUUUUAAAAAUUCUUUUUGCCUUUUAAAUCGUGAACAGGCAGCAUAUGAGGACAGCCUGGAAAAUGAAUAAGUGUAAAUAAACAUGAGUGUAAAUAAAUAGCGAAUGCAGUGAAAGAAACAAAGGUCAACACAAGAAUAAUUUCACAGCUCUUUGUUAAUUACAAGACCAUUUGUGUGUUACUUAAAUAAUCAUUAAUUUCUCAUUUACACUUUCCCUACCUUCCUUUUUACCCUGUGGCUAUCAUUGUCCUUUUUUCA